GGGGCGGCGGCAGGAAGAUGCCUCGCGCCGGGCUAGGGCGCCAACGGCCAGAACGCGUCCCGGGCCACACCGGGACCGCCUGAAAGCCGAGCCCGCGCCGACCGAGCCUGGGCCGGAUGGGCGCUGCGGACGGGGCCGCGGACCGCCGAGCGGCCGUCGCACUGGUUUUCUCUUGCCCCAGUGUGUGGACACCACCACACGCCCUACAGACCAGCAACGGCUCUUGCGUGUAUGUUCCAGUGUUUCUUCUGUCAGAGAGUCGGACAGAGCCAUAGGUCCUCCAGUGCUGGCCCGGAGCUGAGGGACGAGCACCCAGCAGACAUGGUGAAAAUGACCAAGUCCAAAACUUUCCAAGCUUAUCUGCCACAUUGUCACAGAACUUACAGCUGUAUCCACUGCAGAGCCCAUCUGGCCAAUCAUGAUGAGCUCAUCUCCAAGUCCUUCCAGGGCAGCCAGGGGCGAGCCUACCUCUUCAACUCCGUGGUGAAUGUGGGCUGCGGCCCUGCUGAGGAGAGAGUCCUUCUGACCGGGCUGCAUGCAGUGGCCGACAUCUACUGUGAGAACUGCAAGACUACGCUCGGGUGGAAAUACGAACAUGCCUUUGAGAGCAGUCAGAAAUACAAAGAAGGAAAAUUUAUUAUUGAACUUGCCCACAUGAUCAAAGACAAUGGCUGGGAAUAGAGCGAAGCCCCCACUCCUGUCUGCAUACAUUUUAUCAACGCUAAGUAUGACGAAGACCGAGCUUCUGGUGACAAUACUUCUGGAACUUUAACCUCACAGGCCAGCCCAGCUCAACACCUGAAGGCCUCUCUAGACUGUUCACUGGGUAAGGCGUCCCCAUCCGAGCCCCUUCGUGUUCACUGUUGUUUCUGGAAGUUCGCAUUCUUUUUCUAACUUCUCACAUUCUAGAGAAAGAAUUAAGCAACCACUGACUCACCUGCCUAGUUAAUAACUCCGCACGCCUUCCACAUAGUCUGCCUGGGUUUCCACCAAAGCCAGGCCCCUAAUGCAUACAAGCAGGGUCUCGUUCUGAAGAGUCUUCCAGAAUAGCCAACAGAGCAUAUGGCUUCAAAAACAGAAACCAGCCACUGGUGACAUCUUAGAGAAGCUAAGGAAGAAAGCUUUUAGUGAUUUUAUUUAAGCUAAAAGCUACAUCCCUGUCUCCUUACGGAGAAAGCAGGUGACUAGUGGCUAAGCAUUCCGUCCCAGGCCACUGAGGUGACCCCCAGUGCCACAGCAGCACAGCAGCACAGCAGCUCGUAUGUGGGGCUGGUCCCUGUCAGAACAGCAGCUGGGGUCCACUCUGUACCCUGGAUGUACUUGAAAUAGUUAGUUAUGCAUACAGAGGCCAGAGCUAGCACAGAAAACUUCUGAACUUGAGACUUUCCAUGAUGAAGGAAGAGUUAUCUUAGUGUGGGAGCUGCCUUUCCUGCCUGGGAUCACUUCCUGAGCUGACAGGGAGGGAUCUGGCCACUUCCCAAGCCCUGCGUCUCACAGACUUUAAGUCACAACCUGUAAUCCUCCACGCAUCUACAGGAGUGACCAGUUAGCAGAGGCCAGAGGCCAGAACCAUUCCCAGAUAAGUUUUGCGGUUCAACUUUUUGUACCAAACACAGGGCAAAAGAGCAGAAAGAAGGUCCAGGAAGGCUGAGCACCCAAGAGCUGGGAAGGCAGCAUGCCAGGAAAAGCGGUCGGCCCCAGCUGCUGCUUGGGGUGCUUAGUCCAAGAGCAGCGUCCAGUCCUCUGGGCUCCCAGCCCCAAACCUUCUAAACUCAGACCCUCUCGCCAGCACAGCGCCCUGCUCACUCCAAAGCUGGCACUUUGGCACCAUCUCUUUGCCCAAGAUCGAAAGCCUAGUAACACAAAAAAUGCCUGUGCAGUAGAAAACAUGUUUGCACGGUCUGUGAGCUGCUAUGCCUGGUCCUGGUCGAAGCUGCUUUCUCCCCGACUAUGGUUCCCUCCAGACUAAUGGGUAGUAGAAAACAUGUUUGCACAGUCUGUGAGCCUCUAUGCCUGGUCCUGGUCGAAGCUGCUUUCUCCCCGACUAUGGUUCCCUCCAGACUAAGGUUGACCCAAAGCAAGGUUACACCACCAGUAAGGUAACCAGUGAAGUGGAGCACAGGCAGCUAGUCUGAGUGAAAUCUAGCAGGGCCCAGGCUCCAUCCUUGUCUAGAAUGAACACUCGUCAGCAGUCUGCUCACAGUGGACACAGCACUAGUUUCAAUACUCUUACAAGUGGGAACUUGGUAGCUGAGGCUUGGGAGACCAGAUGUCACCAUCAGAUGCAAAGGUGGGAGCACCCCGAAUAUAUAUAUUCACGCUUCACUUGAAGAGCCUAGGAUUUCUGACCAGUUUCUGUAUAUACUAAGAUUAUAUUUACAGCUUUUUUUAUGUUCUGGGCAAGCUUUCUGCCCUUCUACUUGAGCACUUUGUAUUGUCUUUUGUGAUAGCAUUGAUUGGAAAAUUUUUGCUAGUACUCUUUAUGACUUAUUUUGUAUGCGGGGGGAUAAUGGAUACCAACAAAACUUUUAUGGAGUUUUUUGGAUUUUGUGUUGGCCUUCUGUGAAAUACAAACUUUUUAAAUCAAAAGAACUGACCAUGAGCUGGCUGCAGGGGAAGCGAUGCAAGACCACAACCAGAUGUGCUGGUGAGCUGCUAAACAUCACUUUCCAAACAGCAUCGUCUAUGACGAUCUUACAACAUUGGGAGGCGAUGCCGGGUCAUAAAUGCCACUCUGCUUUAGAAAUGUGGUUUAUUUUGUUGCUGUCUUGUUAGCAUAGACAUAGUAUUUUUAUAUCUUAAUGUUUAUUCUUGAUGGCAUCUGUUGGAUAGCUGAAAAGAUCAGAAAUGAGAAUU